AUGAAGAAGCUCGUUAAUGAGGAUACGGCUUACAUAUUCCAUACAUCUCACUACCAGCAGCACCUCAAGCGGUUGAAAGUGACUUUCAACAAUUCCAAGUUGCCUUCCUCGCCACUGGGCGUGUACUUGCCACCAAGACUAACCUGCAGCGUGUUUGUAUUCCAUGAGGACUUUCUAAAAGAAAUCAAUUUGAAUAUUCAGGUCAGGCUCGAUGAUUGUGAUACUGAAGAUGGCAAAGUCCGCGUCCCCCCCUUGGCAGUCUCUCGUUGCAGUCGAGGGGGGAAAACAAGGACUUUGCUAGAGAUUGCGAACAUGAUGUUUAAAUCAGAUGAAAGGCAAGAAGAUAGUCUUGCGGUCCUGCUUAUCACAUUCAAUGAUUUCAUGGGGCUGUCGGAAAAUGAGAAAAAAGAGGAAAAUAUGUGUCAAGUAUUUCUCAGACGCGUGGCCUUCAUGGCAACAUACAAGUCUGAGCGAAAGUUCCACAAAGAACGGGAUAUUGACAUUCACAAAGCGUUCACAGAUUUCCGAAAAUCCAAUUCAUAUUUCGACCAAGACAUGUUUGUUCAUUGGUUUAAUGAAUUUAAUGGUGAAAUCGUGUUAAUAAUCAACGAACUCAACAACUUGACUAGUCUGAGUGACAGGUCAAGAGAAGAAGAAGCGAAGGAGUUUGGUAGCCUCUUGAAAGAGAAUUUUCUGUGUCAAACCAAUCGAUACUUUGUGUUCUCAUCUCAUGUCAUCUCAUCGGUCAGCACUUUUGGAUUGCUUUAUCGCAAAUCACAGCGGAUUCCAAUUGAGGGGAAAAGGGCUAAUUUUGUGAAGGAAUUCUGGAAUGAGAACAAACAGGAUUUGACAGCUGCGUUCGAGAAAACCUGCCGCUCUCUGAUCAUUAAUGGAUCUAGCGCUGACUUAUCAAAGUUGGUCGAAUUCUUGUGUGAUGGUGUCAGUGUCGGUACCGGUGCUGGAGAAGGUCUGAUUCGGUGGAUCCCCUACCACCUCCAGUUUGUGAUGGCAUACUUUGGGGCCAACCACAGAGAAUUGCACAUUCAAGAUCUCGCUGGCUCAAUGGCCAUGUUAUGCAAUCAAAUGACUCUUGCGAAGGAAAAGUCUGGUGAUGAUUGGGAGGGCCUGUUCAUCCUCUUUUUGCUGGCAAGAUGCAUCGCCAAGGAACCAGAUGGCUUGUUCUUGCCAAAGACAUGGCUUGGAAAAGACCCUCUGACCGGAGAAUACCCCUUGAUCGAAUACAAAAACUACGACAGCGAUCGUGUUAGUAGCGGCACACUUUUGGACCAGUGCACCACCUGGAAGGAGCUAUCUGAGGGCAUUGAUCUCACAGAGAAGCCAACGGUUUCCAUCCUUUAUCCUAGUCACGCUCAGUUUGGAGCCUACGAUGCAUUUGUUGUAUAUUCUGUUGGGGAUAAAAAGGAGGUCUACGGCUACCAACUAAAGGAGGGCGAAGCCAGUACAGACCGACCUGUUGAAGAAUCUUUGUGA